UAAGAGCCGUUUGCAAACAAUGAAAAAUGGUCUUGUGAGUAAUAAGAAUAAGCCUAGAUAAGUGUUAAUGGCUAAAGGUCGGGUCACCGCUAAAAGCAAGCUUUGGGCUGCUUUGAUGAAUAUCGCACGCAAAUAUCUGUAUGACCAGUCUCCAUUAACCAGGACUUUUGUCUUGAGCAAUUACUCGUAAAUAAGCAAAGAUGGCCCCGACUGUCGUGUUAAUAACUGGCUGUUCGUCCGGUAUCGGGCUGGCUGAAGCCCUCCAUCUGGCUACUAAAUCCAAGCACGACUUUAAGGUUUACGCCACUGUCUUGAAGCUAUCCGAAAAGGGUGACCUGGAAUCGGCCGCUGGUGAAGCAGUCGACAAGACACUGUUUAUUCGGGAAGUCGACGUCACCAAGGCAGACACGAUCCAGACGCUGGUGGACGAGAUUAUACGAGAUAACGGGAGAAUUGACGUUGUGGUGAACAAUGCAGGGAUUACAUUCAUGGAUGAUAUGUUCUUUGGCGAGCCGCUGGCCUCUCUCGACCAAGCUCAGGCCAUGAUGGACGUCAAUUUGUGGGGUCCAGCUCAGGUCAUGAAGGCAGUGCUGCCAUACAUGAAGAAACAGAAAUCAGGCCGGAUUAUUAACACCACCAGUGAAUCAGGGAUAACAGAAUCACCUUUCAUAGGCUUUUACGGAGCCACGAAGUUCGCUUUGGAGGGACUGUCUGAGAGCCUCGCUCUGGUUCUCCGCAAGACUUACAACAUCAGGCUGAUCAUUUUUGAGCCAGGCACCGUCAUGACGCCGCAGGUGAAAGCCGUAUUGAACGCCGAAUUCAAACCGGAGUACGUGAGCCACAGUUGGGACGACGGGGCCAGGAAGAAGUUCGCCGAGUUCUGGGAGAAAGACAUGUCUCGACUGAUGAAGGAGAACCAGCAACCCGAGGAGAUAGGUCCCGUGAUCGAGGAGAUCAUUCUGUGCGAUGAGCCGCAUCUACGCUAUCAAUCCUGCGACACCAUCACCAAGAGAAUCGCCAGGAAAGUUAAGGAUACCACUGGCGACUCGGCAUUCAAAGCAUUCCAGUCUAUGCAAUAGGUGUUCAUUUGUUACCGCUUGGGGGCGCUGUGGCAGGAGGCUGCCGCUGCUUCCCCUAGACCCGGUACCGUGUGUUAUUUCCAACCAUAGCCAAACUCGGGCCAAGUUCGGGCAAGGACCAUUAGUCGACUAGUGGUUGAUUUGUGACGUACCUUACGCCUGCG